CCUCGUGGUACCUCAUGACUCCUGCGUGGCCUAAGUCUGGUUCUUCUGUCGGUCCAAGGGCUGAAUGAUUUCCAGGCGUUUGGCUGCGCUUCUGUCGCCUUUCGUCGUGGGUUUGCCUGUGGGCCUCACCAUCCUCGAUGUAUUCGGUUAUGUCGCGAAGGUCGAUGGGGUUUCCAUGCAGCCGUCGCUGAAUCCCGAUGGGAAGACCGGAGACUUCGUCUUCUUGAGUCGAUGGGCAGUUCGUGAUUUCCGCGUUGCCCGUGGAGAAAUAGUGUCUCUUGUGUCCCCAAAAGAUCCAGGAACCAAGAUCAUCAAGAGGGUGAUUGGUGUAGAGGGUGAUAUCAUUCAAACUCUGAAGUGGAAGCGACAUUUCCUCAGGGUCCCUCCUGGUCACAUCUGGAUCGAAGGAGACCACAAAUUGCAUUCCUUGGACAGCAACACAUUUGGACCAGUUUGUGGGAUUUUGCUUCUCCUGGGUGCAGGUUUCACUUGGUCUGGUGACAAGCAAAGCAACACACAUCGUUUGGCCCCCUAGUCGCUGGCAAAAACUGAAAGCCACUUUGAAUCCUGAGAGGAAACCUCUCAAUUUGUCUCCACAGUCAUCUGAGGGUGUUGAUCUUGAAGAAUCCCCUGAAGCUUUAUGAGUUGAAUAUAUAUCCCUGGUCUUCUUAUAAGCAACUCAUCAAGAUGAGAUCCAUUUCCUUGGUGGAGCGGUUAGAACUUGAUUUUGCUGGGAACUUGUGCCGGGAUGCAUUGUGCCUCGGGGAUGUGGACAAUGAUGGGAGUAAUGAAUUGAUUCUUGGAAAUGUAGGUGGACAGCUGGCCAUCUUCAAGAAAGAAGUCUCGACACCCUGGUUACGUGUCAGCGAUCUUGGCAUGAUCGUCUCUCUUGUUGUGGGAAAUAUUUUCGGCGAGGAAGGGAAUUCCUUGAUUGUGAUAGGUGGUGAAGGAUUGUGUCAUAUCCUCCACAUAGAACCUUGCUCAUCUCCCACUGAUUCUAACAGCCUCAAGGAUGAAGUGUCUCUGCCAGGUGCCUUGGAAGGUGUGACAGCCCCAAGAGCCACUGUUGUCCACUCUCAGCGUCUUCAGGCCAACAUUAAGACGGCCUUGUUAGCAGAUGUUGAUGGUGAUGGCUCACUUGAGCUUGUUCUAGGCCUCACGGACUGUGUUGUCCGUACUUACAAAUGGGUAAAGGACACAAGAUGUGGUGCAGAUCCAGGGAUGGGUGUCAUGCAUGGGAGGCUGGUUGCCGUGAAGAAGUGGGAAUUGGCAAUGCAGGUUGGGGCCAUCUCAACUAAUCGUGAGAACAAUGGAAGCCUUGUGAUCCUGGCAGCUCAGCCAGGUGGGACUGUUCUUCAUCUGCGUUGCUGGGACGCUCAUCUUCCUGGUGGACCAGUGGUGACCAAUAUGGAUGAAGAUGGAAGUCGCAGCAUCAGGUAUGAAACGCUGGCAUCUUCCCAUCUACGCAAUCCCAACAUUUCGUCGGUGAUCAUUGGAAACAUCAAAGAAGCUGCAUCCGGAGAGGAGAAGCAAAGCUCCCUGUAUGCUGUAGUCACUCUGGAUGGAACCAUCAUGCUCAUCAGGGAUGGCAAGAUCCUCUGGUCGGUCCAUUAUCGUUUGUCGAUGCAGGUGGAUCAUCAGCUGUUUGCCAUGGAGAAGGUAGACAUGACUGGAGAUGGGAAUGAAGAGAUUCUGGUGUGUGCCUGGGAUGGCUGGACUUAUAUCAUUGAUCACAACAAGCAGAGUGUUCGUUUUCAAUUUGAAGAACCUGUUUCUGCAUUCUGUGCUGGGCCUUUUGGGAGCACUGGUCAUCCAGCACUCAUCUAUGCUACAUUCACUAACAAAGUCUACGUGUAUCACAACGUCGAGUUGUAUAGAAUCCCAACCAUGACUCUGGAAGAUGUCGUUCCACCAUCGACAGUUGCCCUGGCUUCCUUCCUCUUGUACGAUUUCCCGCUCUGGAAGAAGCAGAAGGAACUUGAAGCCUCUAUGCGUUCUUUAGCUCUGAGCUCCUACACUACCAAAGAAGAGAAGGAGGAGGAGGAGCCUGACAGCUCCUCACAGGAGAGAUGAAGCUCUAAAUAUGUCAUUAUUCUGAUUUCCCUGUGAUGAAACUCACUCAUUGAAAACCUGUGUCACACAGUAAUGUAUGUUUGUCGUGUUGAAGUACUGAGGUGCACGAUUUAGAAUUAUAUAAUAGUUUUCUUCUGCUCUUCAAUUUCAUGAUGGGGGAUUUUCUUGUUUUGCUGCUUAGUACCAAUGACUCCCAUAGAGAGGUUAUGAUCAUUUUUGCAUUUCUGAUUUUUUAAAUAAUAUGCAUAUUUGGGAAAACA